AUGCAAGAACUUUUACAAUAUGAAUAGAAUAUCCAAAGCAGAGUCCUCCAAUUAACUAGCAGAUAAAACAGAGAAAGAGAUAAAGCAGCUCCAGCAUAAACAGUCUCCACACCGGCAACUGCCAGCACAUCUGAAAUUACUCUAUCACAAUCAGCGAUAACUGAUUCAGGCUCGAAUGCUCUACCCAUAGUUAUUUCGGUAUGUGUGUCAGUAUUGCUGAUCAUAAUCAUGAUCAUUUGCUAUAAAUUAUAUCAGAGGCACAAAUCAAGAUUACUCCUGAACAGAGUUCUAAAAGCUGAUAUUGAAUAGCAAGAGCGAGGAAGAAGAAGAUAAGGAUCAGAUCAAGAUAGAAGCAAUCAAAAUCAGUCUAGAUCAGCUUCAUCAUAAUCAAGAGAUAAUAAUAGCAGAUAAAGAAGACAUAACAACAAUUUGAACAUACUCAGAUAAUCCUAGGGAUUAGAUAACAUUCCAGCUCUAGUCAUACAAGAAUUAAUGAAUGCUCAAAGUGCAAACAUCGCUCCUAUUAAUGAUGAAGCAUCUAACUCUUAACCAAUGUAUAAACUUAAUGACUUACUCUUUAAUCAUACAAUCCAGGAUAAAUUUAAUAAAAAACUAACUCAAUAUGGAGAAACUAGUUGCGUAAUUUGUUUUGAUGAUUUUACCACUGAUAUUACUACGAUUAGAAAGGUAAAUAGAUGUGGACACGUUUUCCACAACUACUGCCUUGAAAAUUGGUUUAGAGUGCAUCUUACCGAUACUAGAUGCCCAUUAUGCAACUUAGAUAUUUAAGGAAAGGACUAAGAUAAAAAUAUCUGA